GAGGGAUGAAGGCGGAGAGAUUAUACCUUCCUUGUAAGCGCCAGCCUAUUGCCUGUCAGGCUUCCCGAUUAAGUGAUACCUUUCUCCUGCCAUUACCGAACCAUCCAUCGCCCUCCUUUCUUUCCCGUCUCUCCCUCUCUCCUAAUGCCCAUCGCCAUCAGCAAUUCAGCGUAAUGCCGCUGCCGUUGCUGUGCCCAGAGCCAUCUCCCAGCACGCCCGGUGGUGAGUGGUAGGCGGCCGAAGGUCGAAUUCCGAGGGUGGGGGCGUCGCGUCCGACCAAGAAGAGGAGAUUGAUCGAGGCAUGAAGGACCUGGUGUCGUGCUUCAGCGAGCACGCCGUGCGGAUCUCCGACGUCGCCUGCUCCGGCGGCGCCAAUGCGGCAGACGCUGCCGGCGCCGUAGGAGGAGGAGGGAGGGGCGCGGCGGUGAGCGCGGUGACGAGCGUGUACCGGUCGCAGCUCUCGGCGUCCGGGAAGGACCUGCUCAUCGACGUGACGUGGUCGCGGGCGUCCGACGGGCCGGCGCUCUCCGUCACCGUCCACGAGGUCACCGCCGCCUCGUGCCACCGCGCCGGCGCCGCGCCGCGGCACCUGCACAAGAAGAAGGGGAGCGGCACGUUCACGGCGGGCAGCUGUGUGGUGGGCGUGUUCUGGGACUACACCGCGGCACGGUACGGCGGCGCCAGACCCGAGCCCGUCUCCGGGUUCUACGUCGCCGUCGUCGCCGACGCCGAGUUCGUCCUCCUGCUGGGUGACAUGAGCAAGGGUUACAUCGAGCGGCUGCACAGCGGGGUACCGAUCUCCGGGUCCCGGAUGGCGCGGCGGCGGGAGCGGUUCGUCGGGUGCGGGUGCUGGUCCACGAGAGCGCGGUUCUCGGAUUCCGGCGCGGAGCACGAGAUCGGCGUCGGGCUGGACGGCGGCGACGCGGAGGCGUGGGUCAGCGUGGACGGCAGGAAGGUGGUGCAGCUCCGGCGGCUGCGGUGGAACUUCCGCGGCAGCCACACGCUCUUCCUCGACGGCGGCGCGCCGGUGGACAUGACGUGGGACCUGCACGGCUGGCUCUUCCACGCGGGUGGCGAGCUGCCCCAUGCGUCUUCCUCCUGCGCCGUAUUCACGUUCCAGGCGCGCGGCGCGUCUGAGACGAGGCUGUGGACGGACGACGACGAUGACUACGCUGACAGCGAUGACCACGAGAAGCCGCCGGCGCCGGCGCAGGCGAGCGGCCGGCGGCAGAAGACUGGAGAUGGAGGUGCGUCGGGGCAGGGGUUCUGCCUGCUCAUCCAAGGCUUCAGGGGCUUUUCCAAGAGCACUUAACCUGUACAUGACGUUAGAGAUUUUCUACUACCAUUCUUGCCGCUUCUUCUUCCUCUCUCUUGCUUGGUGCGCAUGGAAUUGAUUAGGAUCAAUAUGCUGCUGCUGCUGCUUUUUGAUUAAUCUGAUGCACCAACGACAGGGGUGUGAUUGUGAAUGGUAGGGAUAGGAGUCUAGGACCAGAGGUUGACAUACAGACAGAGAUGCUUUCGUUUCAGUUUGCUGCGUCGCUGUGCUGAUUUCAUACAUGACUGUAACAGUGUUCUAGUUUGUCAGAAAUACACCAAAGGUUGCAUCUUUUUCGUUU